AUGUGUUCUUACAAAAUUUCGCUUGCAGAAAGCUGUAUCAAUAAAUAUCCUCAUUGUAUCAACUGGGCCCAAAAAGGAGAAUGCAAAAAGAACAGUCUCUUCAUGAUGGCAAACUGCCGACGCAGCUGCGCAAACUGUGGUAAGUACGGUGGCCCACACGUGCAACGGCAAAAAUGAAAAAGUCGCGCAAACCAAAUUUCAACUGACAACCAAACAAAACAAAUUAGCAGCAAAAUGAAACGUCACGGCCAAAUAAAAUUAACUCACGGAAAAAUGCAAUCAACUCACAGCAAAACAAAAUCUUCUUCAGCUCGAGGCAAAAAUUAUAAACUUAUACGAAUCGUCAGCGGCUGGACACUUCAACUCCCAUAGGGAGUUACGCGUGCUUGCAUCUAGCAAAAUGGCCGCGAACCAAAGCGAUAUGUUACGACAUGAUAAGAGAAUCACCUCGUAUUCGGAGCCCUGCCUGAGGUAAUAUUUCAAAGCGAUUUCUGCACUGUCAAGAGUUAUCGCUAAAUAACACAGUAUUCCUCUGACUGACAUUCGCAGUUCACAGAUCCUCAAGGCGUUCAGUACGCUUUGGUUCGACGCCAUUUUGCUAUAGGCAAAGCGUGCAACAAAUUAUGCUAUUAUUUGUUUAUACUACUAAUAAGAACAUAUUUUUUUGUUGAGACAUUCUAGAAUGUACAAUUACUUUUCCAGAAGAGAGUCAAUGUAGCGCUACAGGCGACCAUUGAGACGUUGUAUGGGAAUUAAAAUACUGAGGCCUGCGAAGGCUAAAUAUCAUUACAUUUUACCUUCUUAUAUAAAAUAAAUAAAGGAGACUUUCCUUUGAUCUAUUCCUGUAGUUUUUUGGUGUGAAUUCAUAAAGUCCACUAAAUCGAUUAGUUCACACCAAAAAAAACACCGGAAAAGAUCAAAGUUCUCCUUUAUUUAUUUUGUAGAAAAAAGAAAAAAUAUAAUGAUAUUUAGCGUUCGCUAACCUCUGCCAGCAUGUUUAAAAAUACGAAGAAAUAUUCAAUCCCAGCCAGUGUGCAAAGGAACUUUGCCAGCCAGCGGUAGCAUAAGACAAUCACCGGAACAGUUUCACACCAGAACUGGUGUAAAGUUUCGCAGCAAAAGCCAAUGGUCGUAUGUAGUAAGUAAGGUAUUCCCCGUAAAAUUUCACACCAGAAACUGGUGAAAAGUUUCGCAGCAAAAGCCAGUGGUCGUAUGUAGUCAGUCAGGCAAUUACCGGCCGCAAAAGUUUCACACAGAACUGGCGCAAAGUUUCGCAGCGAAAGCCAAUGGUCUCAAGUAUUCAGUCAGGCAAUCACCGUACAAGUUUCACAGCAGAACUAGUGCAAAGUGUUGCAGGAAAAGCCAAUGGUCGUAUACAGUCAGUCCAGAAUCUGGACUUUUGACUUCUUGGUCGAAAAGCAAAAGAUCCCUCGGAGCUUUUCACCGAUUGGUCAAGCAACAUAUCUGACUUCCGCGACUGCGUGAAAGUGUGUAAAAAAAUAGUUAUUGACGAUUUUAAACCCGCACUUUUACUAACUGAUGACCAUGAAAGAUUUGUUGCCGCAGAAUCAAUUCCUAUACUUUUGACCACUUCCAGUAAAGUACUGAAUUCGGUUGCUCAACUAUUGUUUUCAAUAAAUUACUAAUUUGUUUGACGUGACGGUUUGAACAGAGAUACCACUCGGCAAUCUUUGAUCUGUGAUGUUUUCGCUAACGACCACUGAAUCAACUUAGCAUUCACCUCUUCUGUAAAGUAGAUGAAUACAUUUCGAUAAUAGCCGUCUUCGUGGCCUUUACCUAACCUGAUCGCAGGUUAGGUAAGGAGCAAUAACUGGACAAUCAGAAGAAAAUAAAAAUUCCAAACAAAAAUAUCCUAUUCUUCACGAGAAGUGAUUUUAAAAAACAUACUUUUAAUUUGUUUAUUUAUAGGCCAUUUUAACCAGCUCUUUUAACCCUGCUUCGGGCAACUCUGUCGGCAGCAGUUCGUCUCUAAGAAAAUUUGAAAAUACUGUUCACAUUUGUGUUUUGUUUUUUGCGAGAACAUAUAUCAUAAAGUCUUUUUUAUUCUCUUUUUGCUACUUUGGAAAAAGGGCCUCUCAGACGUUACGCCCGCUGUCAAAUUUGAGGUCCUUCAGCCGGAAACAUAAUUAUCAAAAAGUGUAAUCUGAGUCAAUGUGUUCGAAGAUAUCAAUAAAUUUUACAGAGCUCUUACAUUUUAUGCGCUUACAAAAAGUUUUAAAAGCGACAAACGCCUCUUCUCAGUCAGAACAGACACUGGUGUAAAAGUCAAAGAAAGAUACCCGUUCAGGAUUUACCCUGUGUAGUAUCGUGGGAUAUUCUUACGAGUCCCGCUGCAUUUUGGCGAGCCCGUAGGGCGAGACAAAAUACAAGAGACGAGCAGAAAUAUCCCACGACACUACACACGAGGCCGUCCAAUAACAGAUUUAUUAUUCAACUCGAGAAGUAUAAAAUAGAACUCGGUAAAUGUGCACGGACAGUACCGUUUUCUACCUAUGACGAGAAUGAGUGACAGACUGACGAGAGUCGAGUUUUCGCGCGCUUUCAUCAACGCUGUUGCUGAUUGGUCUGACAGAAAUGAAACCUUGUCAAACUAGUUUACUCGGUAAAUCGAUUUUUUCACAAGUUUUCGUCGCCGCUUUUAAACAUUUGCUUAAAAAGCAGAGAUGGAGUGAAAAAUAAUCAAUCGUGAGGCUUAUGAUGGUAAUCGGUUAUGUAAAACGGACUGCAAGUAGAAAAACUGAACCGAGCAAAUCGAUUCUACAAAAUCUCUUCUACAAAUUGAAGGAGUUUCAAAGAGCUACUCGUAAACAGAAGACUUGAAACCUUAUCUUCGCCGGGGUAUACUAGGUCAUACUAACGAAAAGAGGAAGUCUUAGAGUGUCUACCAUGUCGAGUUUCCUCAUAUCUUUUUAAAAGAACUAGAGGUGAAGACUGUUCAGUUCUUCGGUGGGGAUUGUAUUUAAUGGACGUUGUUUUUUUCACGGAUUUUCGCCAUCAUUAUCUCCACCACGCAACAGUUACUUCAGGUUUGUUUUCAUCUUCUCUGUUGUAUCUUAAGCAUAACGUUUGCAUGCUCCAUUUAUUUUUAACAAUUGUCCACAUUUCAUUGUUGCUCAGACGACUUUACUCUAGAAAUUCGGUUCAUUUAAGCUCACAAUUUGGCGACUUUUCCGUUAUUUUCUUCGGAAAACGAUGUAUUUUCUUCAUUCAAACCGGUCAAACCGGAGUACAAAUACCGUGAGACAUUUGUACUCGUUUUUAGCGUAGUUUGUACUCUACUGAGUGCAGUUGAAUAAUAAUACAAUUUAUUAUUCCACUAUUAUGUCAUUUUACCAUAUAAGGUCAAGAGAACAAGCAAAAUACGAGGCCGUAAUACACCGUAGGGUCCUGGUUUAAACGGUUUACAACAGAGCGAAUACCGGCGGAUGCAAAAGGAGCAACUGUGGCUGACAGAAUCAGGAUGUUUGGAUACUCUCAUUAGAAAAUAGAAGCCAAAAUACCAUUCUUCUUUUGCAGUAAAAUAAUUAACCUCUCAUUCAAUGGUUUGGCAUAUAAUACGCGCGAACAUUUUGCUAAUUGUUAACGUCAUUCUCACAGACAGAAUCAGGAUGUCUCUGAAUACUCUCACCAAAAAAUAGAAGCCGAUUGCCAGAUAAUUUUUUUUUGUAGUGGAAUAAUAAACGUCUUAUUCGAUGGUUUAGCAUAAAAUACGAGCGGACAUUUUGCUCAUUGCUCGUAUUUUUCCUCGCCCCUGCGGGGCUCGGAAAAAUACAACGCAACUCGCAAAAUAUCCGCACGUAUUAUAUUCUAAACCAUCGAAUAAGGUGUAUUUACUGCACAGGCACUGAGAUGCAACGGUACACCUAGGCGUUGCCUUUUUAACCAACAGUGACAACGGACGCGAAAUAAGUUAUACAGGUAUUUUACUGUACAAGACAUUUACAACAGGAAUUUUUGCUUGCUUUUAUUGACACACCCAAACAAAUUUCCGUUUUUGGCAAAAGGUGUCAUUUUCAAAGGGGUUUCGUCUUUUUCGCGUGGGGUGAUUUUCACGCGCUAGCUCGCUCUACUAUUUAUGAAAAAAAUUACAGUGCAGUUGCCAGGAGAAAAAGUAUGCCUUUCUUAUCCAGCCAGUACCAAUUGUCCGUAUUUUCAGCACGCGAGUGGCUCAUUUAGAUUUCCCAGCCAGCUAAUUAGCCAAUGAUUUAUUUCCCAACUAGCUGAAAUUCUGACUUAUCUCCGCACCAAGCACUGUUAACCGAGGCACAAACGGUUCAACAAGCUACAGACUUAAAAUUCUGUUGGGAAAAGCAAGGUUCAAUAUUCCUUAGUAUGACAGAUACCUCGCGCAUUCAUAAAUUGAACAAUUUUCAAAAUCUUCAGUCUUUGCAAACGGGUGAGGAGUAGACUAGAACAACUAAUAAUCAUUGAUUUUGGAUCCACGUUGAGCAGGGUGGGGGGGGGGGGGGGGGAAGGAGGGGAGAGGAAGAGAUAAUUAAUUAAUUGAAGGUGCUGUUUUGUUGCGAGUAUCCUUCAGAUGUAGCCUAUUUCCCUUUACUUUGUGGUAUGGUCAGCUGUUGGCCUGUCGUCCUUGAGAGCAGACGGUCUAAUUCAUUUUUACCCAAUUAGUCAGACAAAAAGUUAAUAAUAAAGUUAAUAAAGUUAGUAGUUGAAACAAUUUUGACGGGGGAGGAAACGCGCCUAGAUCGAUUGUGUUUUUCACUGCUAGAGGACUACAUUUUGAUAGUCUAGUGAAGCCAACGAAAAUGCAGGAUUUGCAAUUACUUCACUAGUUCUUAGCAUAGCAAUAACAUUAGGGACAAGAACCAGUGAAUUUUAUUAAACAAAAUUUGAAAAACAAAUUGCUUCAACUUUAACAAUGUCAAUCAAACGAAUAAUAGAGAAAGUGGUUUAACUGCAAUGAACCUGAACUGUUUUCAUGUACACAGUAUAUAGAAAUGAGAAGUUUCGCUUGGUAGAGUGGAAGAAAUUCUUUUACAAUGCUAUGAUCACCUGAUAUAAUAGCCACCGAGCUUUACAGCUCGGUAAGUUUAAUUUGAAAAAAGCUAUCAAAACUCGGUGGGUUAUAAAUUUUUAUUUGAUAUGCUGGUACAAAAGCUUCGCGAUUCUUCACAGCGAAUGCAACGAGACGAAAACAAUAAUAUUGCAAGUCAGCGAAGAAUAACCAUGGGCGCCAACAUCAAUUUUCGGAAAAUAGCUGUUCGGAAGACGAUUUGAGAUCUAGAAUUUUCGGAACAUUUGUUGUAAAAUUUCUUGCUUACCUGCCUCUCCUAGGAUUUUCGAACAUCUAAGAAAUGGUAUAAUUGCCCAUUUUUAACGGAUUUUUACCCUAAAAAGGUCACUUAGAACUUUUGGGAGCUUUUUUUCUGGCUGAAAUUUUCGAAAAGGUAAGUUUUGAUCCCUAUACUUUUCGGAUCACUAGACUUUCAGCUAGGAAAUCCGAACAGAUGAAAAAUUUUUAGGGGAUAAAAAUAUGCCUAUAUCUACCGUUUAAAUAUUAAAAUAUGUUUAACAAUGCUAUGUUUAAAUGGUUUUGAACUAUAUUCUCGUCGGGUGCCCCUGAAUAAAGGCCUUGAAAAGAUUAUAAUUGUCAUUGAUAUGGUACAAAAGAGUCGCAGUUAUUCACAGCGAAUGCAACGUGACAAAAACAUUGACAGUCAGCGAAAAAUAAUGGCCUUGAAAAACUUAUAAUGGAAUCAGGCCGAGUCGUACACACAUAUUCCCAAAACCAAGACUUCGAUUGAUACAACCUAGAAGACACCUGAAUAACACUCCGUCUUACAUAAUACUUAACUUAUAUCCUCCACUUCCGCGAAAUACGCAAGCGAUGAAGAAAGAGGUCAAAGUCAAAGAACGUGAUCAUGCACGAGCAUGACAUCUCCACGAAAACGAGUCCAAAUGAGCCCAGUUUCCUGCGGCCGAGAUGCCCCUGACAAAUUAAUAGGGGCGGCUAAUUUGCAGUCGCCCGUGAUGGCUCGAAAAUUUCUGCCUUAGUGCCACAGGAACACCGACUUACGAACAAGACAGCGUAUACAGCUAAGUAUAAUAUAGUUCUUACAAUUGUUGUUUGUGCCUGUGGUUUUAAGAGAGACUCCAUGUGAAAACCAUGCAUUAUAAAAAAAUCCUUCUACAGUGAACAUAACGGUUUUGUUUAUAUUCUAGGUAGGUUUACAUAUUGAGGUGAUAAAAGGAUGUGUGCAAUAUUGUAGCAAAAUUCUUUAACUUGUAGAAGAUAUUGCGAUCGAAAAGAUCCACGACAGGAAUUAUUCAAAUAGUGCCACACCCAAGUUUCUACUAAUGUAUUGACCAUUUCCCGAUCAAAAUCACGUUAGAUAUGGUAAUAAGUUGUUAUUCAAGUAAUUGUAUGAUUAAGUUCAGGCGUUUUGUAUUAUAUAUUAGUAGUAGACAUAAUUUUAAAAUUAGCCUUUAUGGACUACGUGUGACAGUAAGGAUUUUGUGGUAAAAUUAUCGUUGAAUGUUGAAAUGGCGACGUUGUGUAUAAAGUUGAAAUGACACUGAUCUUUUUUUAUUGUCAUUAUACAAAGCGAAUAUCGUAAAAAUCCGAAAAUAAGCCCCUCCGUGUAUAAGCCCCUCCAAAAAUAAGACCCCAAACCAAGCCAUCUAUGUACAAGAACCCAAGAGGAAGACAUGGAGUCGUAGAUCAAGGGAAUACACCCCGCUCCUAUACUGUAGAACUAAUGCCGUCAUUGCUAACCAGCUCUUACACGCCCGCUCCUUUGAAAUUCAGAGUUAUAUUCCUCAGAAAUAAUUGCUCAAUAGAGCUACGCUGUAAAUUCGAGGUAAAAUGAAGCUUUGUUAUACGGCAAGAUCUUGAGACACGAAAGAAAUUCCCCGAUUUGACGAUGUUAUUUAAGAUAAAGACAGGAAAUGAACGGGUAUCCUUCCCAAACGACCUACGCAAGGUGGACUGUCCCUAAUGACCCGAGCUAUUGCACAGUACCCAUUCCAGUUCCAGCGUUGCUCGUUUAUCGCUAACGCGCACAAGUAUUCCGUAUGUGUUGAUUCGGUCGCUGCAUUCCAUUCAAGUAUAUUAUCUAUUGACGAUUUUUUUCAUAUGACUAGUAAUUUUAUCAAUGGUUUAAUGCCAGAAUCUGGGAAAUGAAAGGAGGUAAAUAUACAAAGAUACUCGCCAAGAUUCGGGUCAGAGAGUUAUUUCGUAUACGAGAUGUCCGAAAAAAUGUUUUUCCCAAAUUUAUAGGAAUUUAUAUGGAGACGCCAUGCUGGUGCCCACCUGGAUGGGCACCAACAUGGCAGAAGGAAACCAACAGAAACAUCUGUUAACGAGUUUUGCUACAAAAGCGUGAAUUUAUCCCUUGAGGAACUCAUAACCAUUAAAUUAAUACUUUUUCUAAUACAUUAACCGUUUAAAUAGCAAAAUUCCCCGAAAUAAGUCACUUUUUUAACCUACAUUACAGCUCUCUCAGCCGUCAUGUAAAAACCGCGUCACGCAAAAGCUUAAAAAUUCAAGCGCACUCUAACACAAACAAAAUCAAGAACGCUUUUGAAGCAAAAAUUUGUAUGAAAAUUAUUUUUCAGCUGCUCUAAUACGUCAUGAAAGUAAAAUCUCAGUAGGAUCGAUAAUAAGAAGUCUGAAUUUUAGUGACGUCAUGUGAAAACCAACAAUUUAUUUAUUUAUUUGUUUUUAUCUUGUUUAUAUAUUUCACUGUCAAUGUCAUGAGCUUCAUUGUACUGACCUUCCAUUGCCAGAUAAGCUCGCUAGAGGCAAUUAUGUCAAUUAAACAUUAAAGAUUAAAGAUUGUGUUAUGUUAUGUUAUGCUAUGUUUUGUUGUGUUAUGUUAUAAAUUUAAAGGCCUGAAUACAAAGGCAGACCGUAGUAGCCCCGCCUUUAGCAAUAUCUUUUCAAAGAUCUGUUUAAUAGACGCACACUACUUACGGAACCUUAGUUGCUCUCUGAACUCGACUUUCUUGGUGGAGAAGGAGGAAUAAAUUAAAAAGAAGCCCGAAGAGUGCCACUGCCGCAUCAUUUCAGUAUCAUAUUUUCUGAACCCGUGCAAUUCACAAAAUGUGUAGCGGUGUUGGAUAUAAUGAAUACCUUGAACAUUUAAUGCGAUAUUCGACGACAGUGAAGAAAGCAGCCUCUCCCCAGAAAGUCACGAAACAAAACGGAUUCUUGUCAAGACGAGAUGGAAGAAAUUGAACAUUUGGAUCCUUAGUCCCGCAUUCAAGAAGAAGUUCAGAAACGACAGCAGGUGCAGCGCAACUCUUUGAUUAACGCGUGGCUCGCGUUAAGGACGAGAAUUCUCUCCUUACAGUCUACAGAAAAGAGCUCAGAAAGAUACUCUUAGAAUAUAUGCAAUGGAUGCGUGCUGUGAAGAAAGACUAUACCUUCCGUACUUUCCGUAAAGUAAUAAAAACACCAAAAGAUCUUAAAGAUACAGAAGGAUUUGAUAGGAUAGAAUCAACAGAACUAGCUAUUGAUAAGCAGAAAUUUUUGCAUAAUCGAUUAAUGGCAAACAAGCUAUUCCCGAAAAUGAGCACUAGAAAACGGUUAAUUCUGCUGCAACACCACUUCUUUCCGGAAAACAAUUUGCAGAAAUUUGUGAUAGAUCUCUUUGACCCGCAAAUAUUUGAACUUUAACGCUGAGAGCUACACAGAGUUUUGAACUUUACCAUACACUUAAAGCCAAAAUAAGUGCUCCUUUGAGCUUAUUCCGGAAUACGGUCAAUCCAACGAGGCCUAAAUGUGAGCUUACAUUCGAACCAAUUUAAUGACCAGCUUCCACUUGGCUUGCUACCUCAACUGGUUAGGGCGUUGCAACAGUAUCGCAAAGGUAUCGCAAAGGGUUCGAAUCCCAUCAAGCCUGUAUUUUUUCAGGCUUUAACUACAAUAAUCUUCUUUUCAUUUCUUUCUCCCUUCCGCGAUUCCAUAUAUAAAAGUCAAAUAUUCAUCAUUUCCUAAGCUUACAUACCCUGAAUAAACAGAUUACACUUCAUGAUAUUUCACUUAUCAGGGUCAGUUCAACAGCUUAACUGAUUCAUGUGUGCUGGACUCGACGAUCCUAGUAAAAAAAACAAAACUAUUGCUGAAAGUUCUAUACUUUGACGCGACCUUAACUUGCCUUGAGCUUUCAAAACUGUUUUUAAUUAGCAUGAAAUCGUUUCACCUGGGUACUUUUUUGUUCUUACUUGCAUUCAAGACAACAUAAUUAUAUUGUUUGGGGACUUGGAACGAAUGAAGGCUGGAUUACCCACCGGUUCAGGAUUGAGUGAAUGGCUGGCUUACUAAUUUUGAAUGUUUGUUUUCAGCCAAAUGUGAAAAUGAAAAUAACAAGUGUAUAGAAUGGGCCAAGAAAGGCGAAUGUACAAAAAACUGGAAAUUUAUGGAACAGAAGUGCUGGAGAAGUUGUUCAAAUUGUGGUUAGUCACGCUGGUUGAAUGUUAACUAACCCUCUGACGACCUUUUUGUUUGUUUCAUUUCCAUAUAAACUAUGCAAAUUUUCCUUCCUGACUCAUUUAGCUCCCUUUCAGCCAUGAAGAUGGUAAGCAGCAAAUUCAGCAAGGCUAGAUCUUCCACUACUGGUUCCUCAUUUCGCAAAUUUAGACCAAUCCUGAUAUAGCUACAUAUACGUGCGCGUACCCCAAAAAGCUAUUUUGGGGGAAAUCCACUGCAAAUUUUGCUAUUCACCUUCUACUCUUUGCAGAUUAAAUUUGCUCCUUUUCUGGAAAGUUUGUCAGCCAAAAUUCAGUGCGAAGGCGAGAAGAUAAAGUGGUCAACAAAACUGGCUAUAAAAAGGAAAGGCAGAGGGGAAAAGAGAGCGAGGAAAAAAGUUUGAAAGAGAUUUGCAAAAAGGGCUUUUUAGCAUGCGCGAAAAACAAGAAAGCUGCUCUAGGCCGAGGCUCCCUACUAGAACAGGUCUCUCACGUUAAGAGAAAAAUGAUAAGAAAGUGAGAGACUUCUGUCGGCCCCAGAUGUAUUUGGUAUCACGCAUGUACUGGUGCUUCCUUAACAACAGGUAACCUUUUAUUUACGUGCGAAAAAACUUACAGAACCCGUUUGAGCGAUAGCAACUUUGAACUUAGACAUUUCCAGCUCGCAGUCUCAACAGUGGCACGAAACUGGUUUUGAAAACCAGUAAGUUUCGACCACAAAUGUGGUCGGCGGUACUAAAAAAACUUGUCUUGGGCCGGUAGAGAUCUCUCUUUUUCCUCUCUUUCUUCCCUUUCGCAGCUAACACCUCUGUUAGCGGGGAAAGGCCGAGUCAGAGGCGAUUUAGAUGAUUGACGAAUGUUGAAGUUUUGGUGGGUUGUCUUUUAAUUGGUAGAUCGCGUUUAGGGCAACGCUUUAAGCCACAGUAGUGACAAAUUGGGAAAACGUAGCUUGUGUACAGACUACAUAAUCGGUGAAAACCUCUAUUGGGUCAUGACAGAAGCAUAUUUUACAAUUUAAAGUUUACCAGCAAGUUAUAAUCGUUUAACCAUUCGACAACUGCUUCGGUCGUUUUCGUUCCAUGUGGAACGAUGCAUAUCUUCCUUCCUGGACCCAUUUAGCUGUCAGUUUAAAAUGUUACUAAAUUGGUAAGCAACAAUGCGUCAGCAAAGAUAGAUCUUUCCAGCGAUACCUUGUUUUGGAUAUUCUGACCAAUCCUGACAGAGAUACACUCACAAAAAAGGUAACAGUUUGGGGAAAAAUCCACUGCCAAUUUCGCUGUUUACAUACUACUUUUUGAAAAUUAAAUUUGUCCCUUUCCUAAAAUGUUAGCCGGCCACAAUUUCAUGCAAAAGAAAGAGGAUAUAAAGAGGGCAACAAAACCGCUAAUAAAGAAGAAAGGCAAAGAAAAAGAGGGCGAGAGAGAAACAUGAUUCGAUUCGCAAAAAAUUUGGCUUUUGCGCACUAGUGAAAAACAAAAAUGCUGUUUAAUUACGUCAGAUUAGUCAGAAAAUAUACCUUUUUUCCUUGCAAAACUCAUUUUAAGCCAUUCCUAUGCUAAUUAGCCGAAAACUAGUCCAAAGAAGAGGAAUUGGUGAAAAAUGCGGUUUUUUCGCUCCUCGCCGACCGUCACAAAAAGGUUAAAUGAGCAAAAUCUGUCAUCCGUGAAAUUAAUGCCUUUUAUUAUUCAUUCAAAAUAUUUCCCCAAUUGUGAUUGGCUAAAAGCACACUCAUAAUUCACCAUAACCAGUUACUGAUGACAAAAUUUCGAAGAAUUUUGUGUUUAACGAGGAAAUGACGUCAAAAAUGCAGCCUUCUACAGGUUAAUGCACCGUUAACAGAGAAGACCUGGGGACGAGAUUGAGUUGUUUUCGUUGUAAAAACUAAAAUGGCGGCCUCUUCACUCGUUUCAAGAGUAAGAACUACAGCUGGAACUAUGCGAAAUAAUGGCUAAACACAUAGGAAAACAGCAACAAGACAACUCAGAGGGCGACAUAUGCUAUUCGGAGAAUAUUUUGCUGGACAAACCUAAACAUAUACUAUCGAAAAUAAACUUAAAAUCGGUGCAGGUAAGCUUGUUUUAGAUAUGUUUUUAAACUAGGAAUUAUUUUGAAUGAAUAAUAAAACAAUUAUUGAAUUCGGCUUUCGUUUCAUAUGAAGAUAACACCCUCCUCGAUCUCCGUAAUUCUUCAUAAGAUACUCAGCCUCAUUCAUUAAUUGUUAAAUAUCUUUUUCUAAACGCGCCGUUUUACAAUUCCGCUUCUGUCAUGACGCAUUACAGUGAACAAAGUUUCCCUUCUGUAGUGUCCACUCCAAAGCUUUUCCACUUUUGCAAAUGCAGUGCUAAAUAAUAGUUUGACGUCACAGCAUGGCGGGUUAUAUUAAACAAUUAUGGAAUGAGGCUGAGUAUCAUCUGAAGAAUCAUAGAGAUCAAGGGGUGUGUUUUCAUUCAAAAUAAUUUCUGGUUUAAAAACAAGCUAAAAUAUGCUUACCUCCAUCGAUGUUAAGUUCAUUUCCGAUAAUGCACCUUAAUCGGCAAGUUUAGGAGCUAAAGGGUUUUUAAGCUCCGCAAAUAUUCUUUCAAAUUUGGUCGACAAUAGCUGGUUAUGAUGAAUUAUGCGUGUGAUUUUAGCCAAUCAGAAAUGGAGAAAUAUUUUGAAUGAAUGACAAAGCUAAAUAAACUUUGUAUUACCUUACGGUCGGUAAAUUGUCGUCCUUCUGCUUGAGAAGUGGUAUUUUGAGCUACUGAAGGGUUUGAGUUGGCUGUCUGCUAUUCCUCUUAAUUUGUUUUCCUGUAAUAAAUCUUCACAUGGCUUCGCAGCGACCGAAAUCCUCGCUAAAGGAAAUCAAAAUUUUGUUCCUGCAAACAGUUUUUCGCGACCAGUAAAAAAUAUGAUUAGACUGUUGUCAUCACAAAGUUCGCUUUCCUAUAAAUCAAACCAUGAUCCCUGGCUACCGAGGCCAGGGUGAAAUACAACAGUAACUCCGCGUGGACAAUACGGAUAGAAACUCUGGAAAUCACUAUUUAGUCCAUGCAAACAGAUAUUAAACACGUUUCUCUUUUCCUGCAAACGGUUCAUCCAAGCGAGUAAUGAAAGCGUUUAAAACUUCUCAUAUAAGAAUUAUUCUUAUGCGUAUGCUUGAAUACUCUCGACUGUCAUACAUAAAUUUCAUGAAACGGGCCUCGCGUCACGUGAAUAAAAAUUUCAGCGUGAUUGGGUAAUUGUUUGUUUUGGUUCGCGAAUCAAAACAUUUCCAAGGGUGGAAAAUCUCUGGACCGGUGUCAGCUUGUAAAGUUCUGUGUCUGCUAUGAAUUCUUGGACACAAAAUUGUCGGGAAAGUCAAAUUUUGUUACUUUCAAAGGUGGCCCGACUAAAACACGAACACCAAGCGAGAUACGUUGGUAAUUACAUUCCACGCCUUAGCUCUGAGAUAAGAAAGAACAAUGCUCGUUUUUAAUUUGCUACUUUUGAAUACAGCUAUUUCGAGAAAGGUUGUCGGAAAAAGUGCACGCGACAAUCCCGAAAGGUAUUGUGGGUGGUUUUGAGUUCACUGUUCUUCGAAGACAUUUGAAAGAAUGGCACAAGAGGCCAUGGACGUUUGUUUGCGAUAGCUAAAAGAAAGCAACAAAGGUAGGUUCGACAGCUACAGUACGUUAGGAACAGUGUAUUGAUUAUAUCUCAUUUUACAUUUUGGGAUUGUCGCGCGGACAUUUUUUGCGACAACCUUUCUCGAAAUAAGCCUGUUCCAGGCUCCAAGAUAGUGGGGAAAACGGGGCGAGAAAAAAAGCGCGAAAGUUUGACUGACUGACUGACUGGUGUUCAUUUUCUACUACAUCACCUACAUGAACGAUCGCAUUCAUGUCCGCUUCUUCUCCGGCGAAUCGGAAAGAUACUCGAGGGUGUGCGUUAGCUGCUGUGGCUGACUACAGGCAUUUUUCUCUUCAUCAUGCGAUCCAGUUUCAUCCUGUCGAAAGCAUCGCGACGCAGUACCAGUGCUACGCUACAGAGCAAACGACUUGUUAGUUGCUGAUGUGGAAGCAAUUCCAUCCACGUCAAAACAUUUCCAAUCAACAGCUAAAUUUAAUUCCCGCGUCAGAUGCGUCAUGACAAAAUCGGUUAGCAACCUUAGCUGGAAGAACUCGUCUCGCUGGUUUAGACACAUUAACCUGUUUGUAUGCCGGUUUCUCAUAUCUUUCUUUUUGUUUUAUGGGAACUGGUUUAAGCAAAUUCCAAGGGAUUAUAAAAUCUUUACCAUCAGUGGACAGCUCUUCUUUAAUCCAAUUAUUGCGGUCCCAAGGGAAAUACACACUCCUCCUGGAAAUGAAGAGGAGAUGCCCCUAAAAAUAACCACCAGCAUUAUUUUGCAGUAACUUAUGCAGGAAUCCACAAAGCAAGCAUAAAUCUUUUCCUUGUGAUUAUGAAUUUAUACAACUAGAGGAAUCAUUGGGAUGGCGUCCGAGUGGAGUUACUAGAGCGAUUAUUCGAGUUAUCGCGGUAAAUUUUAAUUAGUGAAUUUUUGAUCAGGGUAAAGGAAAUUUAGUUCAAGUUAGAGGGGAAUUUGAGGUUUCCGAGUUGGAGUUAACCGAGUAAAAAUGACUGAAAAAUGCUGUGUGAAAUACAAGGGAAAUUGGACUAAGUUUGAGUUAGCGGGUAGUUCGAGAUAUCCGAGUUUGAGUUGAUGGAGUUCUACUGUAUCUUGCUGGCGAACUAUAAAAUUGUAAAAUCAGCUGCUGUCAUGACACACUGCAGGUUUUGACAUGUCAUUUAUUUAAAAAUCAGAGAGUGCUGUCCUCUAUUUGAUCCGCAAACUUGGACACAAAAUUACGUUUGCCCAAUUUGGCAAUACUGCGACUUGAACUAUCACCGUAAAGCGCGAUCUACCAAAUAAAAAACAACCAUCUAAAACUUCCUGCGUUCUUUAAUGUCUCUUUAAAAUUCUAUCUAAAUCGCCUCCAAAGCAGUCGAGAUAUAAGCGUUUUAAAAUAUGUAGAACAAGCAAAAUUUUGUCUUAUUUAUUUAUUCAUGAAUUGGCGUAAACUGCAGCCUUAAGCAACACGACCACGACGACAACGACCACGUCAAAAAAGCAAUUGGUUUUAUGAGCAAAACAACAGCUCUGCACGUGUAUCAUGCUUUUUACUACAUUCCGUUGACGUCCACUACAAAAGGGAGUGUGUUACAUAACACCGGAGCCUGGUUCCCUCUCGUGGCUCUGGAAUUGUUUACAGGAUAUACCACAAAAUGUCCAUCCUCGGAGACCCAGGGGCAGCUAGUCGGUAAAAGUACUUUAAGAUCGAGAAGAGCUCUUCCCAGUUCAAGCUGCCCCUGGGUCUCCGAGGAUACAAAAUGUCAUGCCGGCGCGAAUCACACCGGGGUGAAUUCAUCCGGUCGUUGUACCGGAGUGAGAAUUUCACUUCAGUACGAAAUUUCGCAACGGUACCAUGUAAACGCGAAAUGACCACGCUUUUCGCCAUGAAAAUGGUCUGCCGGUGGACUGAAACGGGUAGCGCAUGAGUAGUUCUCGUCAAUUCAUUCAUGUUGGUUACGGAACGACGAAAAACGUGCAAAAAUAUUAACACUAUAAGAAAUCAAGAAGUCGUCCCGGUAUGAAAUUAGCGCCGGUGCGAGUUUUCUCAUGUGAACACCCCCUAAAGCCCCGUGCAAACGGACGCAACAUUAUUGGCUACAGACUCCGAACAUUUUUAGAUGUUACAUGUUGCGUCCGUUUGCACACCAUGUUGCAUUUUGCCGCAUGUUGUUGCGUGUUGUUGGGAGUUGUUGCUUAUCCUAGCAACUCCUCUCCACCAGCCCAUCCAAACCCGGGCAGCGAAAGUUUAAAGUUGUUUCAGAUUACCAUCUCCGUCCCGAACAUAAGAUGUAACUUCCUAAAAACAUUUCUUUUGUUGGUAUUGUACAUAAAGCGCCUUGUCAGAAUAAGUAUCCGGCCAAGUGCAUUAACUGGGCCAAGAAAGGAGAGUGCAAAACAAACAGAAAAUUCAUGGAUAAGUUCUGCUGGAAAAGCUGCUCAAGUUGCGGUAGGAGAGCAGAUCAAGUAUAAUUGCUUUUAUUAGGAGCCAUAAUGCAAGUAGGAGACCGUAAGUACAAGGUACUAGCGGUUUCAUCAAAAAGGUAAAAUGUGGAAUUUCAUUUUUAAAGCACCUUGCGCCACCCUUAACGUCAUAAACUCACGCAGGCACCCGGGAAUUUACGAGGCUCCAGCGUGGAAUUUCAUCACCUCGAUGGCGCAUAUGGGCUAAAAAUAGCACAUCUGACUAUUUUUGUGAAAUCAACCCCAUAACUGAAUAGGGUAGCAGUUACGGUCUCCUACCUUGAUUAUGGCCCCCGUUGUAAUUAAUUGUUAAUUUCCCAUCGGCUGCUUUAGUUGGGGGGACCUAGGGACGUGUGUUUCUCAAAACUCCCGAAAACAUUUCUGUCCCAAAAUUUUUUAUCAAGUGCACAAAGUUCAGUAGCAGAAAAACUAUUUUCAGUAGAUAUCAAAUAGAAGAAAAGGGAAAACUUUGCAAGUUCGAGAGAUUUGUUGGCCUCACCUGCACAAUAAAUCCCAAAAUAUAUGAUUAAAAACACUUUUUGUGGGAAGUUUAACAGGCCACAGUUGAUCAAACGGUGGAUAACGCCUAUACACUGGAUAGCGCAAUUGCUUUCCCUAAUACUUAUCGGCUUGAUAGUGAUUUAUACGGUGGAUAGCACUAUACAACGUUUGAACAAGGCCAGGUAUUUGCGCACAUCUCCCAUGAUACUACGCGCUUCGCAUUCAAUCAAAGCUACAGGGCAGGGGACAACACGGUAGAGACCCAUGAAAAGUACACCGAGGAGUUAUGAAAAGAAUUACAGUAGAACCCCAGUAACUCGAAAUCUGAAGGGAAACGAAACGCAAUUCGAGUUAGGGAGGGUUCGAGUUAUCGGGUUCGAUCGCAAAAUUCAAUUUUCAGUCUUACAAAUUGAUAGUUACUGAUUUUUCAGCACUUCAGUGUAUGGUGUUACUGCAGUGGAAGCUUAACGUAUUUCACCAGAAACGGUAACAUAUGAUUAGGCAUUUUUAUGAUAAGAAGUUAUCUGUUCUUUGCACCAGUUAAAAUCAAAUUGCUCAAGCGUUAACCAGCGAUUUCAGUGGUGUUUUGAAUUAUUAAACAAUAAGAAGAGCCAAUGGGAUGAAAUCCGAGUGGAGUAACAAGAACCAGAAUUCGAGUUACCGGGUAAAUUUCAGUGAAAUUUUGAUUAAGGGAAAGGAAAUUUAGUAUGAGUUAGCGGUGAAUUCGAGUUAUCUAAGUUCGAGUUAGCUGAGUAAAAAUGAUUGAAAAGUGGGAUGAAAUUCAAGGGAAACUGGACUUAGCUCGAGUUAGUGGGGAAUUCGAGUUAUCCUAGUUCCAGUCAGUGACGGGUCCAGGGGGGGUGUGGGGCGGGCCCCCCUUAUUUUUAGACCAAACUGAGGCCCGAAGAGUGGAAAAAAUAUUUUUUGACACCGGCCCUCCUAUCUCAGGGUCUGAAUGACCGCCAUCUCCCCCACCCCCCCUCCCCCCUUAUCUGAAGGUCUGGAUCGGCCACGGCGAGUUAUCGGGGUUCUACUGUAGUCCAGAACACUGCAAGAAAUUUGCAAGAAAUGAGUGCAACGGGUCACCUUACUGCAGUUACUGCACUUUCUAACGCAGAAUCAGUACCUCAUAGUUGUCGGUUCACUGGAAUGUUGAACCAUGGUCCCUGGUUUUAACGUCUUGUCUAAUUCUUUCCCAUUAAUUUCUGAAUUCGGAUCAUUUAUUGGGUCUUCGGGUCGGUUGUUUGAUAGCUUCUGGACAAGAGUUUUCAUCAACAGGUGUUAUACGGCUAAACCUAAUAAAAUUCUCAAGGAAACUACGCCUUAAACCAGCGUCUGUUUACAGGUGUUAUGGAAAUGGUAAAUAGAAUAAGAUGGUACUCUAAUUUGAAUAAGAGUUUCCUAAUGGCAACGAGGAAUGGGUUAUCCGAAUGCUAUGCCAUCUUUCCAAUUUUUUUUUUUCAGCUAAAUGUGAAAACAACCAUACAGGUUGUAUACGGUGGGCAGCUAAUGGACAAUGCUUCAAGACUCAACCUUACAUGACGAAGAAUUGUUGGAAGAGUUGCUCGUUUUGUGGUAUCCUAGAUUUAAUCUGUAAUAUUGGAUUAAGGCCAUCUAUCUUAACAGUAGUUUGAUGAUCUACAGGGUGUUUCAAAAGUUCGUUCCGAUUUUUUAUUGGCUUAAAUUUUACUAAUUAUUAAAAAAAACCUUUCGUAAAUCUUAGUAAGUUUUUCAUUAUUCAUUUAACAUUGAAUAACUAAAAUAUUAGUAACCAGAAUGUCUUCCUGUAUGUUUUCUGACAUUUUCUAAGCGGUGAGGUAUAGAAUGUACGAGCUCCCAAAGCGCGUCCAAAGUCACAUCCUUCCAGGCAAAGAGUAGUCACUGUCUUAGCUCGUCCAGUGUUUUGGGGGCUGGAUCUUUGUAUGUUGUCUCGUUUACGAUAAUCCAGAUGGUCUCUAGCGGGCUAAAAUCACAUGAGUUUGGUAUAAAGUUGGAAAAUCCUUCUGACACCAUGCUUGCAUGAAGUGUGCACUGCCUUUUUCUCUUCAAGGCUUUCCAACAUUUUUUGGUAUCUUAUACCCAUACCACUGUGCUCGAAACUUUGAUUGAUAAUGUGAAGUUGAAAUUUUUUUACCUUUCUGUUUUGUGGAAUUAUUAGCAUUUACUUACAACUUACACUUCUCACAUAGCUUGUGAAAAAACGGCCAACAACGCCUUGGUUUGUCUUUUAAGGUCUUUACUUUUGACCACUUGUUUGGUCAUCGUUCAGACUUCUUCAACAAUUUGUUUUUUGACUGAAUAGCAAGAAGACCAUAAAAAUAGAUGCAUGAGCUCUAGCACAACCAGUGUAGGCCUUCAUUUUCAUGAAGGAGUAGAGAAAAUAAAAGAAAACGAUAAAAAUACCAAAAUAGAAAACCUACAAAAUGGACACGAAAAGUAUGACGGGAAAAACCUCGCGUACGUGUACAGUUGGGGCAAAAAUUAAAAAAAAUUAUAAUUUCUUCAAACUUUAGUUUGAAAUUGCUUUAAGUAGUUAUUUUGAUAAAUUUCUUACCUAAAACAGUUAACAUUUGCCUAAGGAAGCAUUAAAUGCUUUGCGCAAAAUACAAUUUACAAUCGGGAACGAACUUUUUAAACACCUUGUAGUGAUUAAGGCGCUGACUGACUCCAAAUCUUAGGGUUCGAGUUCUUGUCUGCUCUCUCGGGGUUUUUAAUUUGACGUCCCAUUCACAACCGGCAAAGCUCGGACAAAUGUUAAAGCUGUUUUAGGUUAAAAACAGUCUGGCGACAACAAAAUUUAGUGCAAAUGAAAGCUUACUUGAAUGCUACGUAUAAACGUCUGCCUUUAAGCCUGUUCCAGGCUCCUACCACGUGGAACAGGCUUCUUAUUUUUUAAUGCGCCUAUAGUUUCUUACCUUUGAUAACAAUAGACAACCUGCGAGGAGUUCAGUGAUAAUAGAACAUUAUAUGCUCUAAAACGUUUCCGCCCAAGAUUCGGAAGCAAACUACGUCCGUGACUUAAAACUCUCGCAGAGCCCGAGUGAAUACUUGUCAUUGUAUUUCGUGCUUGUCAGGUUCUGAACUCCGCGGUACCGCAGCAGGUCAAAAAACUUUUAUCAUGUUUUCUUUCUAUUUUAGCUCCUUGCAUUGACAAGCAUCCUAAAACUUGUCCAGACUGGGCUAAACGGGGACAAUGUGAACAAAAUAGAAAUUUUAUGGAAGAAUACUGUUGGAAGUCCUGCUCAAAAUGUAAGUAAGAAGCCAUUAUCUGAUGAUUGUCCGCUAUUAAACGUCAGUCAAAGGUUACCGGGAAGUCGGGAUGGAAACGCAGCCAGUACAUGUCCGUGCAAGAGUCAGCGGCACUGAAACUUUUUUCUUUACAAUAAACGACGAUUUAAUUUACAGGAUAGGAAAACACUUUUUAACACAAGCUUUCGAUUCCCUAUCGGAAUCUUUAUCAAGUGAUGCAUUUGGGCGUUUUGUCGCGUGAUUUAUACUGUGACUUGUGGGAUUAGCCUAGCCUGCGAGCAAGCUCUCCUAUUUGGGCGAGUGAAACGAGUCUCGCGAGAACGCGCGAGUGAGCAGCGAAGCCGCGAGGGGCAGAGGAAAGGAGAGCUUGCAACGAUCCCUUAUAAAUGUUCAUUUGUACUUCGCCCAGACGAAGGGAAAUACCAUUGGCUGAAAAAUGACGUUCCGUAAAUCAAAGUUGAUUGAUAACAGGUCAAGCUGGCACCCGCUUCGUCUGUGUGUCAAAUUUGGUUCUCAGGGGGAUCAGAUUGGUACUGAGAACUUGUUUCAGCCCUCAGUGCAGACGGGCUCGUUUGAUAUAAUUUUCGCAAAUAGAUUAUUGCGUGCCGAGGAUAAGUCGGACCGAGUUUGUAGUUCUUGUGGAGGGAAAAUGAAAACCCUUCAUCAGUUGUAUUCAUUUGUGACAAGCGCCUUGUUUAGUUCUGAAAACCGGGAGAGUGAAAGUGAAGUGAUUAAAGCGCUGUCUUCCAACAUCGGUUUCUUCGCCCGAUUGAAUUCUACUGGGUAGAAAAAUUCAGAAACGUGUACUUGACAGUGUAGCUGUGUAGAUUGACCGUAAAGAAGGAAAAGAGAAAGAGUUGGAAGCAACUGGAGUAAACCUUAAGAGAACCAAGUGCCGGAAAACGCUAUUCUCCAGUUCCAGACGGACAAAUAUAUGAUGUUUUUGUUGGUGAUUGCGAUGGGGAGUAGUCUUCUACACUGCAGUAUGGACGACUUUUCAAAAGUAAACGAAACGAGAACCAAAGUAGCGAGUUCUUAUCCGAGCGGACAUGUUGAAGUUCGAUGUCCCCGUGAAAAACAAAACACAUCAGUGGUUAAAAACAUUGCUUUGAUGCUGUUGCGAAAGCAAUUUAUAAAUAAAUAUCUCUACGCGCCCUCGGCUGUCUAAACUUACUUGACAGGCGGUUGUCACUUUUCUAAUCUGCGGCACGUUUGCGGUGACGGUUUUCACGCUUAGCGGAGUCCCGGGGUUUCCGGGAUGGAAAUUAAAUUUAUCCUUGAAUAUAUACUUGACCUCCACUCUUCGUUUCGCCUCCGAUAAGCGCACAUGGUGUCAGAAGUGGGAUUCUACCGCAGGAACAAGAGGUAGGGGAAAAUAAAUUUGUUUCGCAACCUUGUUUCACAUCGUGUGAAUGACUGCCAACGCUCAAGAUCCGAAGAAAUAAUCGAGGAAUCAAGCACGCCAGUCAAUUCUCCGCCCAUAGCCGCAGUAGAAACUAGUUCUUCAACGUGCUCAAUACCUACGGAAAACCCACAAAGUGGAAGCGUGAAAAUGGCGGCAGCAAAUUUUAGUAUUCCUCCUCCGGCUAAGUUUGAUCUAAAAGCAGGCGAUUGGGACCACUGGAUAAAGCGCUACGAGUUAUUUGAAGCAGCUUCGGAACGUGAUUGUGGUGGGCUGUCAGAUAAAGUACGCAUUAAUCAAAGCCGCCGACAUUUAUGCGAGUUUCAAACUGUCAGGUGAAGAUAUCCAGCGCACAAAUGUAAAAUAGAAAUUCAAUAAUCAUUUUGAAGAAAAUGUCGCUUCAGUCUUCGAGAGAACACAGUUCGGAAGACGCUUUCAGCAAGACACAGAAUCUGUCCUCACCUUUAUAGAAGAUCUUCAGAAGAGAGCCGACCUCUGCUCUUUUGGGGACCUUCGGGGCCAAAUGGUGCACACUCCAAUAAUAGCUGGUUUGCGUGAUUCUCACCUCAGGCGACGAUUUAUGGAAAAUAAUAACUCUACGUCUGGUUUGCCGAAAUCACGAAAGAUUCAAAUUCUAAAAAAAAACCUCAGGCGACGAUUUAUCUUUUUGGAAAAUGUCGAGGGCGAGGGUGCCAUGUCGAGGGUGCCAUGUCGAGGGUAACAUUUUAUUUUUGCAUUUUUUUUUUUUGGAAAAAGUAAUAAUCGAUGCAAUCAAUGUCAUUAAAACAAAUAAGUAGAAUUUAAAAAGCAAAUGGCGCGUGAACAUCUCCUAGUUGUUGGGUGGUGGUGGAAGGGGGGGGUGGAAUAGAGAAAAGCUCCGGGACAUCCAUAAAGGAAAAUUUGAUGUUGUUGUUGUUGUUUAAUUAAAAUAGUAAGUGGACAUUCGAAUUCGCUUAAAAGUAAAGAACCUUCUCCCUUCCUGUGAAGGUAGACAAGUUGUGCCUAAAAAAAAUGUCAUAGAGCUUAGGCAGGGGCACCCAACGACUGUUUCUGUAAAAUGUCUGUUCGGAGAAGCAAAAAUUGCCUACAAUUUUCUGUUACUUGAGGAAGGCUAAAAAUUUCUAGAUGGCCGUUCCAUUCACGUACAGUUUUCGUAGCUUAUCUAAUUAAUUCCCUACGGUUUUCUAAAGUUUAGUUUUUCACAUUUCAGCCCCCAACUAAGCCUAUUUUUCGUUGAAAAAGGAAAUCUAAAAUUUUCGGAUUAGAAAAUGCGAUGGAGAGAGGAAUCAGAAAAAUUCUCACUUUCGUAAAACCUAAAAUUCCGAACAGAUACAACUUUUAUAGCGCCGCUUAGAAUGCAUUUCUAGAGAUUUGAAAGUACUCUGGAUAAGGAGGGGGACAUUGGGGGGUACCCAAUACCGCAAUACCGUAAGAAAAAAUGGCAGAUACCGAAAUACCGCGUCGAAAAUCGUCUAAAUACCGAUACCGCAUAUUUUAAUCACAUUUAUAAUCGGUUGCGCAUAGUUAUAGUUGCUUCCAUCUAGCGCGUUUAAUUAUCUCAGGCAUUUAUGCACCAGAUGUCCAUGUUUUUUUUAAAUAUUUUGGUAGUUCGCAAUUUUCCGCAAAUUUUCACUGAAAAAUAAACUACAUUCGUUCAGCCUUUUGGUAUUUCGACCCAACAGCUAAUUAACUCCAAUAAAAAUAACUCUUGAAAGCGCGAAAAACAAACCAACCAAAACCCUUUCCACGCACGUCUAGUGCGAGUUUUGAUAUAAAGUGAGUCUAGUCUAGCACGUCAGUCUCUCAGGGGUCAGAUCAGACGCCGCGCCAUCCUCGGAGACCCAGGGGCAGAUAGUGGGGACGAGGGAAAGUCUAAACGGGCGGAAAAAUAUAUAUGAAACGAAGAAAAGUAAAGAACGGCGAGAAGAGCCCCUGGGACAAUGUCUUACCAGACCAGUUCCAAACGGUCGCCGCCGUUUUGGCUUCUGAUUGGUGCCAGAAAAACACUGGCACCAAUCAGAAGCCAGAACGGCGGCGACCGUUUGGAACUGGUCUGGUAAGACAUUGUCCCAGGGGCUCUUCUCGCCGUUCUUUACUUUUCUUCGUUUCAUAUAUAUUUUUCCGCCCGUUUAGACUUUCCCUCCAGGGGCACCCAACGGAUCUGUUCCUCACAAUAUCUGUUCUACAGAGAAAAUUUUGCUGGCUGGGAACUGAGGUUUCGGCUGUUCUGCUGGGAAGUAAAGUCUUAAAUCUGCGGUCAAGAAUUUAUCAAAUGUAUCAAAAAUUCUUGCUGGAGAUAUUUUAUCCCUCUAAUUUGUUAGAAAUUUUUCUUGGGUGUAUAUCCAGCUGGGUAUCAGGAGUAAUCGGCUCCUCUCAGGUGGCUCCUCUAUGUGCGCGAAUUGUGCGCGCUGAUUAUUUAUUUACCGCUGAUCAAAAAAUCUGCACUGGAUAACUGGCAACGGUUCACUGGCGGUUAGAACGAUUCAUGAGAUUCAUGUUUAUGCAAAAGGUAAGGACCUAUUAAACAGCCUGAUGUAUUAUAUUCAAGUUGGACUGACUAGGAUUCACAAAAGGUACAUCUAGGGAAGGCUUAGUGACGUUCCUUUUUCAUUACCAUUGUAGUUGUUGUUAUUCUUGGUUGACAAGCGAGAGAUAAGGCUGUGUGUUAUUUAUUUUGACCGUAUAUACUCGAAUCAGCGCCGCAAUUUCCAAGCAACCCUGCGGCGCUUAUUUGAAUACAGAUUUUUUUCUGCUGGCUCGUAAACAUGGAGAAGGCCACUCUGCUGGCUGGGAGAAUAGCCAUCUAACCUGCUGGGAGUGAGGAACAGAUAACUUCUUUCCAGCAACACAGAAAAGCGCUUGAAAAUGCCUUAAAAGCAUCUAAAUUUUCGUUUUCUUUAGUUAACGGCUCAUUUUCAGAAAAAUGUUCGUUGGGUGCCCCUGUCCUUCGCCUCCUUUAUCUGCCCCUGGGUCUCCGAGGAUGACGCCGCGCUGUUAAGAAGCAAACUUACCAAAUUUUCGCUUUGUACUUUACAAGGCGUUUUUCAAUUCUCGAAACCCAUCAUCUAAACUUAUUCUUGUUGCGAUAAUGUUCGCCUCCUUCGCCCUCUUCAUAAAAAAUUGCCACACAGUCAAUGAUGACCACGCCGUCUUCAACCUCAGAGACCUCAGACAUUGUGAGAAAACGUUUAAGACCUCGAAUUACCGGCACAGGUACACAGAUCGACAAGCCUGGUAAGGUAACUUAAGACGACUCAUUAUGAUUGGAUGCAACAACAAUCACAUUGUAUAUUAUCGACCAUUAACUGUCACAAAAUGACCCACAAAUGGUGUAAUCAUUUACCGUUAUGUCUCAAGACUUCUAAAUAUUAACUUUUAUUGACCUUUAUGUCUUACUGUGUUUUGUUUUGCGUAUUGUAUCGAAAGGAAAGCGCAAAUAAACGGUACCGUAAUACCGUGAACAAUCUUAUUUCACCGAAUACCGUCAGCCAAAAUGAUGAAAAACCGCAUACCGCAGAGCUAGAUGAUACCGCAAUACCGCACGUUAAAAUUAAAAUUACCGAAAUACCGCGUGAAAAAAAGUCCAAUACCGCAAUACCGUAAACCCCCAUGUCCCCCUCGAUAAGCGAAAAAGUGUUUUGAAUGCAUUUAGGGGCGUGGUUGGGUGUCCCUGCUUCGCGGCUUAUAUUUCAGUCACGUCUGCCUCUUCUCUGCCUUGCUUGGCUGUUCAGUGGGGUAGUUUGAAUAUGGAUAUUUCACCGAUUCUUGUUUUUUAAGCUAUCCCACUGUAUGCGACCGAAUUGUCGUGCUUUCAACAACAAUUUAUUAUUAGGUAUUUCCAUAUCUAUACAUGGCAUUACCUAUCUAAUGUUUAUGAAUAAAGUACAAAUAUAUCAUUUAUAAAUAUAUAGCAAAAUAAAAGAUUAUAUUCUUUUCUGAAAUAACAUAUCAUGUCUGUAACGCAUACAUUCAAAAACAAAAGCAGCAAUUGAUCUACAAACAGAGGGAUCUAUACUAUUAAAGAGAAAUAAAAGUUUUGAAGUCACAUCUAAGUCCUUGAAAAGUGUAUAUCUAUCAGAUAUUUCACUGAAGAAUUUUAAACGUAAAUUGUCAUAAAGUUUGCAGAAGAAUAGAAAAUGAAGUUCAUUUUCAACUUCAUUUGUCUGACAUAGAUAACAUAUUCUUAAAUUUUCGGGAGUUUUAGGUACUGUGUGUCUGCCUGUUUCAAUAUGUAAUCGAUGAUUUCCUAGUCGAAAUUUAUUGAGUGCUGUUUUGUGAAGUGGGUUUUUAAUCAUAUUUAAGAAUUCUGCUUUUUUAUUAUCGUUCUUAAAGGUAGUAUAAAAAUUCAAUUUUCUAUUUGUUUUAAGGAGGGUAAGUUGAUGCUCAGUUAGAGCAUUAUUGAUGUUUUGCUUGAUGUAAGAGGUGAAGACUUUUUCGUUGUUUUCAUUCAAUGAAGUAGAAACUUUCAAUGAAGUAGAAACUCGCCAUGAAAAAUACAAGUCAUCGAUAAUCACCGACACCGGAAAUCGUGACCUACAUGUGAUAAUUUAGAUGGUUGAUGCUAUCGCCCGAGUCACGCCGCAAUAAUAAACUCCUUUAAUUACCAACGUCAUGUUCUGCAGCUUAAAAAAUGUAUCACAGCAGAAAUUUGAAACACCCUGAAACACAAAAGGAACGCAAAACCAACACUUAUCGGCACAGUUGAUGGCGGCAGUGGGACAAUAGGAAGUCAUGUGGCGAAACUAAUUUUGUACGCAUCUUUAUCCCUAGUGUGCAUUUCAAACAGAAAUCAGGGGUGUGUGCGCAAAAACUUUCUUCACAACGGCUUCAGCGAUUAUUUCCUAUUUUGCACGAAAAGGGGAGCUUUUAUUCACGAACAGCGAUCAGAUCGAAGCAAACCGAUUAUGCGAACUUUCAAAAAAAGAAAAAAAGAGUGUACACUAUAUGAAUAUUUAAAGACAAAAAAAAUUCCGCAAAAGACAGACUUGGAAUACACUGUCCAGUUUCUUGCAUGAUGUUAAAAGUAGUAAAUUUACAUCAGAAACCACAGAAAAAUAGAUCACAGAGAAAGCUUGAAUUGAAAUACCAGGGAAAACAUUCUCAAAACAGAACCAAAAAUCACUCCACAAACCCAAUGCCAUUUUUUCUUGCCCGACCGACCGAAAAAUUGUACAGGAAUGGCCUUCAGUGUGACAUUGUAACAUUUCAAACAGUUAAACAGAAUUUGCAACACAGUCGAUUUUUUUUCGGGAAUAAAAAACUUGUAUUCACUCCGUUUUUUCCUAUUCAUGUCCAACUUGGCAAAACAACAAACAGAUCUUUAGUAGAAAUGUGUCAAAUGUAAAACAAUUAAUUGGAUGAAUGGGAGACAUGGACCGUACGUCUGUUUUUUUUCCUAUUCACGUCCACCACGUCCACGUUCACAAAUAAAUAUGAUCGAUUGUGGCCUAGAAAGAUAUAUUGCAUUUUAAUGGAAAGCGUCGGCAAAUGCCGAUGUUCACCUCACCGAAAGUCGCUACCAGGCAUUAUUCUAUUUUAAACCUCUGCGUUAGUGGGUGGCGAUUUCCAUGCGAGUUCGCACAUUUUAAUAGCUCUGCAAAAAGAUAGACUCAAACGAUUGCAUUGUUCGUUUAUGACACAUUUUAUGACACAUUUUACAACGCAAUAAAAGUUUUUUCCUUCCAUUCUUGUUGGUUGGACCAGAAAUUCAUAAUUCAACGCACUCAAGUAACGUGUUCUGUUCGUGGUAUGGGUUUCCGGGGUGUUAUAAAUGUAAUUCUUCGACAACAAAUUGGGAUGUCCCGGAGCUUUUCUCUAUUCCAGCCCCCCCCCCCCCCCCCCCACCCAACAACUAGAAGAUGUUCACGCGCCAUUUGUUUUUUAAAUUCUUCUUAUUUGCUUUAAUGACAUUGAUUGCAUCGAUUAUUACCUUUUCCAAAAAAAAAAAUAUGGGAAAAAAAUAUGUUACCCUCGACCCUCGACAUGGUACCCUCGCCCUCGACAUGGAACCCUCGACCCUCGACCCUCGACAAAAAGAUAGACUCGCCACCGACAUAUCCAAAGUGCACGACAGGAAAGGUCCUGAAAACAUACGUCGAAGUACAAGACCCAACGAAACUAGAUGUUCUUCGAAAAAGAAGCAAAAAUCGUGUUACAGACGCGGAGCUCAGCCAGGUUACCCUCCUCAGCGUUGCCGAGCCAAAGAUGCGUCUUCUAGGACAGCCAGCGAUUGAAAAGCUAAAUUUAGUGGCUAGAAUCAAUGAAAUCCAAAGUCCAAGUUACGAAGAAAGGAUUAAAGCAACAUACCCUCAACUGUUCUACGGAUUGGGAGAACUUGAGGGAGAGUAUGAAAUCAAGUGAAACCCAGACGCUCAACCGUUUGCAAUCAUGACCCUAAGACUUAUUCCAUUACCGAUGAAAAGCAAAGUAAAGGAAGAACUUGCCAGAAUGGAGAAGCUGGGAGUAAUCAGAAAGGUCGAAAAGCCGACAAACUGGUGCGCUGAAAUGGUCACAGUAUCUAAACCAAACGGGAAAAUCCGAAUAUGUGUGGAUCUUACGAAGCUAAAUGAAAAUGUUUGCCGUGAAACUUACCCACUUCCAAAGAUUGACGCCUUGCUAGGAGAGAUUGGAAAGUCCAUAGUGUUCACGAAAAUUGAAGCAAAUUCCGGGUUUGGGCGGGAGAAGUUAGCAGAAAACUCUCAGCUCCUAACCACGUUUCUGAUUGCCUUUGGCAGACAUUGUUUUCACCAACUUCCCUUUGGUUUAAAAUCAGCACCAAAAAGAUUUCAAAAGAGAAUGCUAAACGAGCUGGAAGGUUUGGAAGGGGUGAUGUGCAUCACGUAUGACAUCCUUGUGCAUGGAAAGACGCAAAAAAUACGAUGAACGACUUGAAGCAGUUUUAACAAGAUUGAUCAGAGCAAGAAUCACCCUGAACCAAGGCAAGUGCAAAUUUUCAAGGACACAAUUGCAGUUCGCGGGCAAUAGUUUCAGCGCUCAAGGAAUGGGCUCCGACCCUGGCAAGACUGCAGCUAUCGAAAAGAUGGAGAGACCGCAAAUGCUGCAGAACUACGAAAAUUCCUGGGAAUGAUCAGCCACUAACAGAAGUUCAUCAAAAACCUGUCCGAGGAGACUAUUCCUCUUCGCGGUCUUCUUUAGAGCAAGAACAAAUGGCAUUUGGGCCAAGCUCAAGAAGAAUGUUUCUCUCGCCUAAAGAAAGAAAUGACCCAAGCGCCAGUUCUCGCUCAUUAAUGCCCCGAAAAAGAAACUAUUAUUCUGCAGACGCCUCGUCGAACGGAUUAGGAGCAGUCCUCUUAAAUGUCCAAGACGAUGGCACAAAGAAGCCAAUUGCCUACGUUUCGCGCUCUAUGACGGUAUGGCCAGAUAGAGAAAGAAGCACUCGCAACCACCUGGGCGUGCGAAAAGUUUUCCAACUUUGUCCUCGGUAAAGAUUUCCUUAUCGAAACGGACCACAAGCCGUUGGUGCUGCUACUAAGAUCUAAAUGUCUCCAAGACAUGCCACCACGUAUUUAGAGGUUCCGGAUGCGACUGAUGCGCUACUCCUACCAAAGAGUCAAUGCACCCGGAAAAGUCUCACCACUGCUGAUACCUUAUCAAGAGCGCCGUUUCACCGAAAUCUCACGAGAGACGAGAAGCUACUCAGUGAAGAUUUAAACCUCUAUGUCUCUAUGCCUGCCAACUACAGAGCGCCGCUUUCAAGAAAUACGCCUUCAUCAGGGUGAAGAUGAAGUUUGUUCAAAGUUUAAGCCGUUCUGCAGCGAAGGCUGCCCAGAGAAACAUCACCUGAAUUGUUCACUCCAACCUUACUGGCGGUACAGAGCAGAAACCACUGCUCAGGAGGGAAUUCUAAUGAAAGACGAGAGAGUCAUCAUUCCCUCAGCGUUAAGGCUCGAUGUAUUAGACAAGACACACACAGGUCAUCAAGGUAUCCAGAAAUGCCGCGAAAGGACAAAAAGUGGUGUCUUGGUGGCCGAAUCUCCGCUAGCAGAUAGAAGACCUUGUCAGAGAAUGCCCUACUUGCAUUAAGACGAACGCUAGCCGUGCAGAGCCCAUGAUUCCUUCAUAGUUACCCGAGCGUCCAUUCCAAAAAGUAGGAACCGAUCUUUUCGAAUGGAAAGGAAAAAAUUUCGUCCUCGUGGUAGAUUACUUCUCGCGAUAUUGUGAAAUUGGAGUACAUCGAAAAUCCACCUCUCAAGAAGUGAUCAAGCACCUUAAGGCGAUUUUCUUUCGCCAUGGAAUUCCAGAACCGUGAUCUCCGAUAACGGACCACAGCUCAGCGGAAUUCGCCAAAUUUUCAGAAGACUGGGGAUUCACACACAUUACAAGUAGUCUGCAAACAACUAAAAAUCUCCUUACAUAUCCGACGAUCUCUAUGAAGCACUCCUCGCUUACAGAGCUACCCCAACUGAAAACGGAUUUAGCUCAGUUGAACUAUGCAUGGGAAGGCACGCCACCUUUCCAACUACCCCACCGCAAGUUCCCGAGUCAACGAAAUUGCGUGAAAAGGAAGCCAAGAUUAAGACCGAGGAAACAAAAGACUAUAACCGACGACAUGCAGUGAAAGAGCUAAGUAAUCUGUCACCAAGCGAUCGUGGUGUUUAUAUCUCUGAUCGUAAAGAGAACGCAGUGGUAGUAGCCAAAACAACAGAGCCAGGUUCCUAUCAUCUCGACAUUGAUAGUAAUGUAACUGUUAGAAGAAACAGACGCCAGCUCAAUCCAAAUCCUAAAGAAGUAAAUACUCAGUAGAAAGCCCUUAGCCCGAACCUCCUGAAGCUCUUAAGGAUCAACCACCUGUUCUGGUAGAGAAGAAAGAAGCUUUACGAUCUGGCCAAAAGUCUUCCAUUCUAGGUCCCGUUCCAGGAACCAUUACUCGUUCCGAAAGAAAAGUCAACCCGCCCAAGAGAUUAGUUUUUGAUUAGGACUGGAAGAACAUUUGUUAUAAGUAAUUCGUUUCGUGAUCGAAAUAUUUGAUUGACUUGCCUCCUAUUUAAAGAACUUUGCCUAGAGACAUUUUUAUAGAGGUACCAAAAUGUCAAGAAAAGGGGAUGUGGGAUUAGCCCUUAAUUCUCUUACUUAGCAACCGUGCUCGACCUAUACACCCUGAAGUGUUUUGAUGAGAAAUCAGUUAACCUCACGCCUUGCUCAUGUUAUCUUCUUCAAUCAUUAAAUUGUAUAUCCCUGAAUAUAUACUUGGCCUCCACUCUUCGUUUCGCCUCCGAUAAUCGCAGAUGAAUCACGGGAAAAAAAAAAGCCCGACUUAUCGCGGGGAGCUCUUAACCAACGUCUUUGUUCAAUGCCGGAGCACGACAAAAUAUUUCGAUGGCCUCCAUAACACUUCUCUUGAACAUGUCCUCUUCCCUUGCGAGGAUCAAAGAGGAGGAGAUACCCAAGGUGUGGCCUGACAACUUCAGAUGAUCCCCAACCGCCGAUGGGAAUUAGGACGGGAUUAAGUAACUCUUUUUCGCUAAGGGUUUUUCUUUACUUAUUGAUUACGUAAAAAUAUUAAUAUCCAAAAUAUUUUUCCCGGUUUGUUGUAUUCCAAUUACGCAGCAUCAUCACUGAAUAAACGAUAGGAAGACACGUUUUAUUGACGCAAAGACAAGAGCGUUCCAUUUAGAAGAAAUUAAAAAUAAAAAAGAUAGCUAAUGUCUAAACUGUAUCUUAGCACAACUGACAAAAGUAGUUCCACAAAUACUGAAAUUAAUGGGCACUCAGUGCUUUAAGUCCGGUCAGUGAAAAUAUUCUAUGAACACGGGCUUUGGAUGACUGCACUGUCGUUUCCAGUUUUCUGCGGACUGAACAUAAGAAGAAACCAUCGACAAAUUAUUGGCCUCUUCCGUUUUUCUUUCUCUCUUGGAAGAAUUCAGUGCGCUGACCACUAGUGUCCGCAAAGCAAAUUUGUUUACCAGGUAAACCGAUCGACAUCGCUCUUAUGUUUCAUCUUCUUAUGUUUACUAGGUAAACCGAUCGACAUCGUUUUACUUGGGCCACAUAAAGAUCUGUUAUCCGAAGCGUUUGUACAUACUAAGCAUGUUAAUUCAAUAAAAAGUGAAAAUACUUGAGAUUUUCGCCGGGAUAGUAAUCCUUCAUAAAGGAGUGUCGUUAAAGGGGUUUAUACAGUAAACAAAAUAAGCGAGGUCACUGAGGUGCAAGGCUAAAAAGGACGAAAAUUCAGUCCAGGAAACUUUAAGACACUCGGACUUUGUUAUUCGCGUUAAUAUACUGAUUUUAGAAGACGGUUGACAGGAGAACAACUAAAAAGAAUUCUCGCUAUAGAUCUGGACGCUAAUGAACAGUGGAAAAUAUAGCAUUCCUUAUGAAAGGAACUCAUAAGGUUGAAUUGGCGUUCAGCCUCUAAGAGUUUCCAGCUGCACUGAACAUGCUUUUACGUCCAUCUGAUUUAUAUUAAAAAGUCUUUUAGACUGAAAUGAAUCCGAAAUCUCCAAGGUUUAUCUUUGAAUGGUAAAUGUUCUUUCAACACAGGUUUCGACAGAAGAAAGAUUAUCCCCAGUCGCGCAGAACCUGGACUGUUGACAAUUACAGUGAAAGCUCUCCUGACGGACCCUCUCGUAAGUGGACAGCUCUACCUACGGCCGUCUUCAUUAAGCCCCGUUUUUCUCAACUCCCAUACAAACUCGGUAUUUCUACAUUCCAGCGAAAGCGGCCAGUUCCAAUUACGGACACUUUUUUCGCGUUCUGAAGGUGUCGGUUACGAGAGCUUCCAUUGUAGGCUAAAACUUUGACUUGCCGCCCUUGAGAAAGAAAUAGAGCUGUAGGUCUCUCACUCUCUCACAAAAGAUUUUGAUUUAUUUUCUUUGUAGGCUGCAGAGAUAAAAACAAGCAUUGUGCAGACUGGGCUAAAAGCGGGGAAUGUGCAAAAAAUGCAGACUAUAUGACUGAAAACUGCGCAUUAAGUUGUAACAAAUGUUGA